UGGCUGUUCUGUUGUGGUUGUUGUGUUUUUUUGGAUCUGUGGCUGUGCUAUUCUCCUAUUUCUGUACAAUACAAAACUCGUUGAAUUUCUUGGAAAAAUCUGAAAUAGUUCUUAAACCAAAUUAUGUAGUUUUCAUAAUUUUAUUUAUUAUGCAUAUUCCUACCCGUGCCUUAUAAGUUUAUGUGCAAUAAAUACUUUAGACCCAUGAGGUGUUCCUUUGGAUUCGUUUGUUAUCAUUAUGACGAAGCGCCGAAGAAUAGUUCAAGCUGACAAAAUAAUACAAAAUGUUAUAAAUGUGUUUUGUUUGUUAAUGUUUUUGCAACUAAAAGGCUACUACUCUAGCAUAAGCAAUCCGGUGUUGUUGUAUUCAACGGCGACAGAUAUUCGUGUGGCAAAUAUAUCCAAAUUGAGUAAAAUCAAUGCAAUAAUCAAAGGAUUAGAGCAAGGCUCAGCUGUUGAUUUCCUGUGCAAAAGUAAUUUAAUAUGCUGGUCGGACCAGACUGCGGAAUUGAUACAAUGUAUGGAGUACAACAACACCCAUUCGGGAGAAAAGAUGAAAAUAGUGUCAGAAGGAAUUAUUACUCCUACCGGUAUUGCAAUAGAUUGGUAUACAGACAAAAUCUAUUGGACAGAUGGAGAAACUAAUAGAAUAGAAGUAAUUAGUAUAGAGCACAAAUAUAGAAAAGUUCUAUUCUGGACUGAGGUGGACCUGGCAAGGGCCAUUGCUUUAGUUCCUAAAGAAGGUUUAAUGUUUUGGACUGACUGGGGUGAAAUACCCAAGAUUGAAAGAGCUGGUAUGAACGGUGACCCCACAACUCGCAAAAUAAUAGUGAAAGACAACAUAUUCUGGCCCAACGGCAUCACUGUGGACUACAAUAACAAUUUAAUAUAUUGGGUCGAUGCCAAACUACAGUUUGUAGAUAUGAUAGACUUUAAUGGUAAUAAACGGAAGAGAAUAGUUAAGGAUGGUUUGAAAUAUCCAUACGCUUUAACAUACUUCAAUGAAAAGCUUUACUGGACUGAUUGGAAGACUUGGGGAAUAUAUACAUGGGACAUAUCCACAAAUGGAGGUAUAAAAGAGGUCAUCAAGUCAGACCCGGUGCCUGUUGACAUUAAAGUGUACGACCGGAGCAGGCAGCUGAUGCCCACUGGAGACUAUCCUUGUAAAGACAAUGAGGGAUGUUCACAUCUGUGCCUGUUAUCACCAACCCCACCAGGCUAUGUUUGCGCGUGUCCGACUGGGGUGAAGUUAAAAGAGGAUACCAACACUACCUGCUACAACUCGCCACAGUCUAUGCUAUUAGUGGCCCAACGGUCCAUCAUAUCCAAGAUAUCGCUGGAUUCACCUGACUUUACCCCUUAUACCCUGCCCUUGAAAGACUUGAAGAGGGCCCUCACUGUAGACUUUGAUCCGAAAACUGAAUACAUUUACUGGGCUGACAGUCAGUCAAAAACCAUAUCCCGCGCGCGGUUGGACGGCAGCGAACAGUCUGUGGUCAUACACAGCAACGGCGUGCCCGACAGUAUCGCGAUAGACCCCCUCGCGAGGAACAUAUACUGGACUGACCCCGUCUCGGACACCAUCACUGUUGCUAGGCUGGACGGCAGCGCGAGGAAGGUCAUAAUCCACGACGAUCUGUACGACCCACGAGCAAUAGCUCUCCACCCGACCGCCGGUUGGAUGUUCUGGUCUGAUUGGAAUGAGAAGAAGCCGAAGAUCGAGCGAGCCAACUUGGACGGAACUGACCGGAUGAUGCUGGUCUCUGAAAAACUAACUUGGCCCAAUGGGAUUGCUCUGGACACUGAAAACAAUAAGUUGUACUGGGGAGAUGCAAGAACACAUAAGAUAGAGGUGUGUAACAUGGACGGGUCGGAGCGGCGCGAGCUGCACAGUAGCGACAUCCUUCACAUCUUCGGGCUCACGCUGCUCGGACCGCACUUGUACUGGACGGACAUGCAGAGGCGGACCCUGGACAGAAUCAACAAAGACACGGGUUUAGAAAGGCAAGCGGUGGUGGAACAGAUGGCCAACAUGAUGGGCGUGAAGGCGUUCCGACUGGGCGAGCCGCUGGGCCACAACCCCUGCGCCGACCACAACGGACAGUGCUCCCAUCUGUGCUUCAACCGUCCGCACGACCACGUCUGUAGCUGUCCUCUAGGCCUGGAACUGGGCAAAGAUCGCAAGACGUGCAUAGAGCCUGAAGCAUUCCUUAUAUACAGCAGGAAGAAUGUGAUCGGACGAAUCAGUAUUGAGAAUGAAAAUAAUGACGCAGUUCUGCCCAUCAAAGAGUUGAAGGAAGUCAGUGCUCUAGCAGUCCACGUGUCUGGCUCGAAAAUCUAUUGGUCUGACAGCAAAACUAAAACUAUAAACAGAUGCUCCAUAAAUGGAUCAAAUAUGGAGAAAAUUCUGGAAUGGAUGGGCUUGGUCGAAGGUUUAGCAAUAGACUGGUCUGCUCAGAACAUUUACUGGACAGACACGAGCUCGCAACGGAUAGAGGUGGCUCGGCUGGACGGGUCUAGUAGACGCACGUUGAUAUGGCAGGGUCUGAAGAAACCUAAGAGCAUAGUCUUGGACCCUAAGAAAGGCUAUAUGUAUUGGUCGGAACUCGGUCCAAAGAGCAUCAAACGUGCGACCAUGGACGGGGCCUCCCCGACGGUAGUAUUUGAACAAGUAGGCCGCGUGCACGCCCUGGCCAUAGACUACGAUACGCGCACGAUGUACUGGGCAGCACUAGACCCGCCCGUCAUAGAGUUCGCGUACCUGAACGGCACGGGACGGAAGGUGCUGGCCGAUAACAUACCGAUGCCGUUUGCUCUCGCCUUGUAUGCGGACCGCGUGUUUUGGGGCGAUUGGAACACUGGCCUCAUAGAAGUGUCGAAGAAAGCCGAUGGUACGAACCGCAAAACAAUCCACAACCAGUUAGACUACAUCUCAGACCUGAAAGUGUACCACAGGGGACGAGACACACUGUCCAACCAGUGCGGCGUGGAUAACGGGGGCUGUUCACACUUGUGCCUGCCCUUGCCUAACAACGACUACCGGUGCGCUUGUCCCACACACUACCGCCUCAAUAAAGACAAUAUCUCUUGUUCAGAACCAGAGGAAUACCUGUUUUUCGCCCAAAAAAACGCUGUCGGUCGUAUAAUGUCAGCCAACGGCGAGUGUAACGAUGCGUUCAUUCCUCUGACGGGCUUGAAGAGCGUUCGCGCCAUUGAAUACGAUCCGGUUAACAAGCAUCUGUAUUGGAUGGAUGACGAGUCCCACGCCAUACGUCGGGUACCCAUCUCGCACUCGACCACUUCCGCCGUCACCAAUGCCGUGACCAUAGUCACUGACCUCUCCCGACCCUUCCACAUGGUGCUGGAUAUACUGGGCCGAGCCCUCUACUGGACCUGCUUGGACACAGACUCUAUUAACGCCACAUCAAUAGACAAUAACUCUUCAAUCGGUGUCAUACUGCGUGGGGAGAAAAUGAUGCCUCGGCAUUUGGCUUUUCACCAAACUAAAAGGAUUCUUAUAUGGAGUGACGCGGGCAUCGGCGCCAUAUUGCGUGCGAACGUGGACGGCACCGCGCGCGUGGAGCUCGCGCGCGCCAACAACGUGACAGCGCUGGCGGUGGAGCAGACCAGCGGCACGGUGUACUGGGCGGUGGCGCGCCAAAUACACGCGUUGGACCUCGACUCGUCCAACAGGCGCGUGGUGUGGCAGGGCGGCGGCGUGGGCGCGCUGGGCGCGUACGGCGGCGCGCUGUACCUGUGCGGCGCCGAGCGCGCGCCCAUGCGCCUGCCGCUGCACCGCCGCGAGGUGCCCGCCGCUCCGCUGCCGCACCUCGCGCGCCUCGUCGCCGCCGUACCGCAGCACAGGGUGGCGCGCGAGCAUCCGUGCUUCGGCGGGCGAGCGUGCGGCGGCGCGCCGGGCGCGUGCGGCGCGGACGGCGUGUGCGGCUGCGGGCUGCGGUGCGGCGCGCGGCGCGCGUGCGGCGACAACCAGUUCCAGUGCGCGCCGCCCGCGCCCGCCGCUGGCGACGCGACUGUCGCCGUCUCCGCCUCGCCGCCCGAGGCGCGCUGCAUACCUGCGGAGUGGAAGUGCGACGGGCAGCGCGAUUGCCCGGACGGGUCGGACGAGGCGCGCUGCGACGCGUGCGCCGGGCUGCGCUGCGCGGACGGCUCGUGCGCCGCGGCGCUGGGCGGCUGCAACACCGGCACGUACUGCGCGCACGCGCCGCUGCCGGACGCCUUCAGAUGCGACGAGCGGCUGUGCCUGGCGCCGCGUCUGGUGUGCGACAACCACCAGCACUGCGAGGACGGCGCGGACGAGGCGCCGUCGCUCUGUGACGACUACACGCGCAAGGACCAGGUGGUGUCGGUGGGCACGCCGGCGCCCGGCGGGCAGUCGUACGCGCUGGUGGCGUGCGGCGUGUUCGCGGGCGCGGGCGCCGCGCUGAGCGCCGCGUGGGCCGCGCUGCGCCGCCUGCGCCGUGCGCGCCGCCCGCCGCACGCGCAGCGCAACUUCCCGCUCGUCAAACCGCCGCUCGCCAGGACCUCGCUGCCCUCCUCCGGGAUGAGCGCCACCGGAUCCGGUUCGAUGGGUUCCAACUCCGCGGGGUCUAACUCCGCGGGCUCCGCGUCCGACAGUCUCUGCGGACGCUACCCCCGCCCCACCGCCAACCCUCCGCCAAGCCCCGCGACGGCGUCGGGCGGACGCCGACGCGCGUACCGCCACUACCGGGCGUCCAACAGACCGCCACCGCCAACGCCAGCGUCCACCGACGCCAACGAGUCGGAGCCCGAACCGGCAGGUAGGGCGCCACCACCGUCACCGGCGCCCCUUCUAUACUAAUAUUUGUAAAGAGGAAGAGAUGCGGACACCACCCGCGCCCUUCCAAUGGAUUAAUCACCGCUGACCAACGGCCAACAGAACACGGCCGCCAACGCUGACGUCCAUUAACACCAACGCCAUCGCUGGGGUCCAUUGACACCAACAGAAACGCUAGCGUCCAUUGACAUCAACACCAGCGUACAUUGACACCAACGCCAACGCUAGCGUCCAAUGACACCAACGCCAACGCUAGCUUCCAUUCACACCAAAACCAACGCUAGCGUCCAUUGACACCAAUACCAGCGUAUAUUGACACCAACCACCAUUGAUGUCAAUGGUAGCUAGCUACCAUUGACAUCAACGCCCACGCUGCGGUGCUUAUUUAUUGGUACAUUUCAAAGUAGCGAAAAUAUACUUUUUAAAAAAUUAAAUAACGAAAUUAAGUAAAAGUGUUGUGAAACUAAUCUUCCAAAAGAUUGAUUGAUUGAUUGAAAGAGAUUGAUAUAGCCAUUUUGCUACUUGACAUUGACAGUUAGAUAAAUGAAAAAAAAUCUUUGGUUUGUUACGAAGAAUUUGUAAUUCGACACGUGACGUAAAAAGUUAUGACGUCAUAUAAAAAACCAAACAAAGCACAUUACGUACUUUUAGUGCAUAAAUUACCAGCUUAUUAUCCCAAUAAAAUUGGAACGAAGUUCCUUAUCGUGCGUUGUGAAAGGGAACUAGACGGAAAAAAUUAGGACCAAAAAAUUGUAACGACACGAAGGAGGGUAAUGUUUUUGCUAUAGUUGUAAGCCUUGACCUGAAGACAGCUGAUGAGCUCCAGGCUCCAAAAGGCCCCUUGAUCCCAAAAGACCCUCCGUCCCCAAAAGGCCCCCCGACCCCAGAAGGCCUUCCGACCAUAAAAGGCGCCAUCUUCGAGAGGCCCCCCGACGCCAAAAGGCCCCCUGUCUAGUGUCUAGUAUUUCUAAGAUUUUGUCUUGUAAAACCUGCUUAAAGUUAUAUAUAUGUUCUGUUUUCCAACAUCCUUUGACUAUAGACAACAGCCAUAUUUAUAAACAUCGAUCAAUAUUUAAGCAUAAAACUACUUCAAAAUAAUGUGGUCUUAAUCGCUACUAUUUUAAAGUUCACUUUGCUUAAAUUUAAUCAACGUUUUUAAGUAGUAAAUGACAUUUAAAAAGCCACAAUGGCAACUACAUCUAGUAUGAAAUUUGAAUUUGGUGCUAUUUCACUGUUCGUGCCUCAAUAUUGUUAGUUGAAUAGUUACUAAAUCUUGUAAAUAUAGUAGUAUCUAUAAGUGUGUAGACUUUGUACAUAGUUCACAAUUUCUUGUUAGUUUUUACUUUGUAAAAUAAAAAAAUAUUGAAAAUAAAUCAAACACUGUCUGAUUACUGUUUUUAUAGAAUAUUGGUAUGAUUACUGUAGGUAUACUAAUAAAAACGUAGGUAUAAAAAAUGUACCUACAUAAAGUGAUUAACGAAAAUACUAUUUACUUGCUGCUUGAUGAAGAAACAAGUAUGUAUUUACCAAUUCUAAAUAUUUAAAUGAGAUUUCAAAAAACCACAAAACAAAUGUAUGGUGUUACAUGAAAAUUACUUGGAAUUGAAAAAUUGGAAUGAUUAAUUAUUUUAUAAUUUCCAUUUCAAUUGUAUGAACUUAAUAAAGUUCAUACAAUUUUUUUAUUGUUUGGAUGUAGUCAAUAUACGUGAACCAUGCCAAUAUUCUAUACAUUAUUGGACACUCUUCCAACAUAUUAUAUUUGUGUAAGCCAGAGAUUAAUCAAUAAUAUGUAUGUAUGUAUGUAUGUAUCGUAUGGAACAUGACGGUGUCGUACCCUUCACGGAUACGGAAUUAAAAAACGAAUACAUUCUCGAGUCAGUACGACACGAAGCGUCGCAACAGCAAUUUCAAUAUUAUUCAAGAAAAAUGGCAUCUUAUGUUUUUAAAUAUUUUAAAAACAGUUCACAAAAACUAAAGAAAUAAGAUGGAGUAUUUUUUUAUUGGUAUAGUUGAUUAUUAUAUUAAUUUACGUAAUUGUUGUUAGUGUUAAAUUUUUAAAUACAAAUUAUGAAAAUAGUUUGUAAUUGUUUAGGCGGAUGUCAAAGAGACGCGUGACUUUUGUUUUUUUUAACCGACUUCAAAAUGGAGGAGGUUCUCAAUUCGGUCGGUAUUUUUUUUAUGUCUGUACACCGAUUACUCAAAGACGCCUGGGCCGAUUUCAAAUUUUUUUUUUGUUUGAUUUUUUUAUGGGUUGCACCGGUUUCAUCAGCACGCAGUUUUUAAAGACUCUGGUUACUCUGUGGUGAAAACAUACAAAUUACAAUUUUAUAAAUAAUACUUAAACAGUAUAAGUAUAUUAAGAUUAUACUAGUUAGUGAAAUGUAACACAAAUAACUAAAUUAUUAUUUUUAAGUAUGUUAUGUUAAAACAACGUGCACCACAUCUAAAUAAGAUUUAAAUACCUGACUAUUACAUCUUUAUUGUAUUCAAUUUCACAUUUUGUAUAUAAACACUAUACAGUUAAUCUUGUUCUAAAUUGUUAUUAAAAACAUUGAGUGAUUUAGGGUAAUUAUUACUUUAUACUUAAUAGGUGUAACUUUAAAUGCUAUGUUAUGCAGAUUAUAUCAUUUAUGUAUCACUGAGAUGAUUUAUUUAGAUUAUAUGAAACAUUAAAAUAUGUAUAUUUUUUCAAACAUCAAAAACGUUGUAGUCCAUUUUGUGACGUCACACUGUUACUUAAUGUAAUAAACUUAAAACUGUAGUUUAUUAUUAUUUGACUAGGUAUUUCUACCUGGCACGUCAUUAACAGUAACACCGUAGACAGAGAAGUCAAUAGACAAUUAAUCGGCGUGCCGUUGUUAUUGUUGCAGUACUUAUAAUUUCAAUUUGACAAUGUUUAUUCUUGUUUGGACCAUCAUUGUGCAUGGCAUAUGUCUGACACGAAAUAUCGAAUCGUAUUGUCUUGUUUUUCUGUAGUGUAGACGCAUAAGUACAGCUUGGCAAAAAAGUGUAGAAACGGAGCUAACUUUUUUCCCUCUUACAACACUGUUCAAAUUGCCAGUUGUUAGUGACUAUGCUGUCAAAAAUGAAUAUUCUGUCGGCUUUGAAAGUUACGUUGUUAAGGUUACGUUUACGUUUCUCGUAUUCGUGUUGUCAUAUUGGCGAUAGUGGCGCCUCUAUUAUUUUCUACUCUUUUUUUUACCUUUUUUUUUAUAGUUCUCUUUUUGUGGCAAUGCGAUGAUGAUACUGUUGACUUUUCUCUCUACGUGUUAAUAAUGAUAGUGUUUUCAGUACAGUGCUACGUUUAGCAGUCCGUUAUCUUUUUCGACACAGGCAGCAUGUGUGUGUAUAUUAAGGUGCCAAUUAAAACAAUAUACCUAAAUAAUGUAAAGAAAGAACUUGAAAGCUAUCUUAUAGAGAGGUUUCUACCAAUUCUACUAACGGUCACUUCGUUUGAUAGUUAAAAUUUUGAACAAUAUAAACUUAUUAUUUUAGACUAUUUAGCUAACACUGUAUACUAAGAUACUUUAUUAUCUUUAAUAAAUAUUUGCAUGAUAACAAGAGAGCUAAGGAAUUUGUAUAAACAAAAUACUAUUAAGAUUAUCUUACGUUAUACCAUUGCCUUGUAAGAUUUUAUGUAAUAAUUUUACUAAAACAGACUGAGUUUGGCACUUUUAUUAAUAAAACUUUUGUAUUUGUUAA